AGAGUACGAGCAGUUCCAUCAGUAAUGGCGUGGUGCUCGUAGCGCUUCGGUGUUCAGUUUAUGUGUUACGUGCAUUAGUAAAUUCACUAAAUGAAUAGUAACAUUUAGUGUAAUAAUGAGUGCAAGUGGCGGUAUAUUGCCUACAUACAGUAGGUACGUGAACGGAGCCCCGAUAUCCUUCACAAGGCGAUCCUUCAGGGCUCGCGAACGAACGGUCUUGUUUUUAGUACUAUUAACAUUCGGACUGGUCUGUUUUGGGACAUUCUUCUUCCUUCCAGAAUACCGUGCCACCCAAGGUAGGGACAGUGUUUACAAAGUAUACGAUCAAAUAAAGAGAGCAGGUCCGGACUUGUUAAUUCCACCUCCUCCGCACCUGGACGACGAAAAGGGUGCCCUAAGGGUCCUGAGGCAUAACGAUGCCAGCCAGGAGGAUCCUCACGUGCUCGACGACAGAGCCAAGCUCAAGGCAAAGAUUGAACAGGACGAACAGUUCAAAGUCCUGGAAAAACCAGACACCAGCGCAAAUGAUAGGAAAUCAUCGUCGUCCACGUCUCGAUCAAACGGUGUCCAUCAGCAGCAGAUCGGACAACCAGACGGAAGUGCCGUGAAUGCCGUUUCAGAACAAAAAAUUGUGACAGUGCCAGCUGCUCUUAGGGACCAUUAUCCAGUCAUAACAGGUGGAGAACCAGCAGAUCAAGAAACAAGGGAAAGGAGGGACACGAUUAAACAGAUGAUGAAACAUGCCUGGGAAGGAUAUGAGAAGUACGCCUGGGGAAAGAACGAAUUACGGCCAAUUAGCCGACAACCACACAGUGGAAGUGUGUUCAAUACAUUGCCGAUAGGUGCUACCAUCCUUGACGGCCUCGACACCCUUUAUAUUAUGGGAUUACAUGAUGAAUUCGACAAAGCCCGAGACUGGGUUAUUAAUGAUCUUCACUUAGAUGACAUGUACUCAGACGCAUCAGUAUUCGAAGUGAACAUUAGGUUCGUGGGUGGUUUGUUAGCGUGUUUCGCCUUAACCGGCGAUGUACUGUUCAGAAACAAAGCUCAAGAAAUUGCAGACAAACUACUACCGGCGUUCAACACACCGACCGGUAUUCCUAACGCUUUGGUCAAUUUUAAAACUGGGGCAAGUAAAAACUACGCGUGGGCCAAUGGUGGUAGUAUCCUGUCCGAAUUUGGAACACUGCACCUCGAAUUCGCGUAUCUGAGCGACGUGACCGGAAAUCCGAUCUACAGGAAUAAAGUCGACCACAUUCGCCAAUUUCUUCGAACCUUGGACAAACCUAAAGGACUUUAUCCCAACUAUUUGAAUCCGAAAACAGGAAAAUGGGGUCAACAUCAUAUAUCGAUGGGUGCGUUGGGAGACAGUUUUUACGAGUACCUAUUGAAAGCGUGGAUACAAUCGAACAAAGAGGACGACGAAGCCAGACAACUUUUCGAUGAUUCGAUGCAAGCAGUUAUGCAGAACAUGUUACAAAAGUCGGCAGGUGGUCUCACUUACUUUGCCGAACUCAAGUUCGAUCGUUUGGAACACAAAAUGGACCACUUGGCAUGUUUCUCAGGUGGACUUUUUGCCCUUGCUGCAAAGACUUUAAAGAACGACUUAUCUGAAAAGUACAUGGAUGUUGCGGAAAAAAUUACGAACACCUGUCACGAAUCUUACGAUAGAACUGCCGUGAAACUGGGACCAGAGGCGUUCAGAUUUUCAGAUUCUCUAGAAGCUCGCGCUUUAAAAAUGAACGAAAAACAAUAUUUGUUGAGACCAGAAGUUAUAGAAUCGUAUUUCAUAAUGUAUCGUUUGACCAAAGACCAGAAGUACAGGGAAUGGGGUUGGGAGGCAGCCAAGGCACUGGAUAAGUAUUGUCGGGUUCCCGGAGGAUAUUCGGGACUUAAAAACGUGUACAACGAAGAAACUGGACUUGACGAUGUUCAGCAAAGUUUCUUCUUAGCUGAAACGUUGAAGUAUUUGUACCUACUGUUCUCGGACGACAACCUGAUAUCGUUGGACGAUUGGGUUUUGAACACCGAGGCGCACCCUCUACCCAUAAAAACGGUCAACCCUUACUACAGGGAGACUCCGAUGUGAGCGCACGUGUCGUACCGACGCCAGUGCAACAAUGAUAGUGAUGUUGACGUAAAUAAUGUUAAUAAUAAUAACAAUAAUCGAAGGACAAAUUAAUAGGAAAAUUAUUUAUUCGACUAAUAUAUUAAUUAAAAUAUGCUGUAAUUAAUUCUAUAAAAAAGUAAUUUACCAAAUGCACGUAAACGUGGCCAGGGGGCGGGCCGGCCGGGAGGUAAUACGGAACAUUUAUUUCGAAGGACGAUAUAUGUACAUACAAACAUGUAUGGGGGGUAGGUACGUAUGUAUGUAUGUAUGUAUGUAUGCGUGAAUGUGAGUGUCUUACAUAGACUUUGUGACGUAACACUUUUACUUAGAUAUAAAUAAUAGUAAUUUCAUCCGAUAUCUGUGAUCAGUGCAGAACGUUGUAGAUAUAUACAUAUACUUUACAUAUAUAUAUUCAUAUAUGAAGAAUGUUACACUAAUUAAUUAAUUAAUUAUUAUUGAUUAUUACUAUUCUUUUUUUUUCCCUUGUAAAUCUAUAUCUAGCAGAGUGUUUGAUGGACUUAUCGACUUAAUUAUUAAAUAGAUCAAUAAUUAUUAGUUUAAAAUGUAGAUGGCACGGUACAAGACUUUUGCCUAUCUAUUACCUGUGAAUUUAGCUCAUCAACUUUUUAUUUUAAUUACUAAAAUUUAAAAUACAAAUAAAAUUGCUAAAUUA